CAGAGAAAGAAGGGAAAUACAUUUGAGGGCUGUUGUAAUCAGUAAAUUGGAGAAAGCCCGUUGUGAUGGGGAAAGCAAUCUACACCGUCGGAUUCUGGAUCCGUGAGACAGGACAAGCCAUUGAUCGAUUGGGCUGCCGCCUCCAGGGAAACUAUUACUUCCAUGAACAGUUGUCGAGGCAUAGAACUUUGAUGAACCUGUUUGACAAAGUACCAGUUGUUGCUAAAGACGCAUUUGUGGCACCAAGUGCCUCUAUAACUGGUGAUGUUCACAUUGGCCGUAGUGCUUCUAUCUGGUAUGGGUGUGUCAUACGAGGUGAUGUGAACAGUGUCAGCAUUGGAGCCGGAACCAAUGUCCAGGACAAUUCUCUAAUUCAUGUAGCUAAAUCAAAUAUCAGUGGAAAGGUUUUGCCUACGAUAAUUGGCAAAAAUGUUACUGUAGGUCAUAGCGCUGUGUUACAUGGAUGUACCGUUGAAGACGAGGCAUUUAUUGGUAUGGGUGCAACCGUGCUUGAUGGGGCGGUUGUAGAGAAAAAUGCUAUGGUUGCUGCUGGUGCCCUUGUAAGGCAGAACACAAAGAUUCCAUUCGGAGAGGUCUGGGGAGGAAAUCCAGCAAGGUUCUUGAGGAAGCUCACAGAAGAAGAGAUAGCGUUCAUCUCAGAGUCAGCCACAAACUAUUCCAAUUUAGCGCAAGCUCAUGCAGCUGAAAAUGCAAAAGAGUUGGAUCAGACUGAAUUUGAGAAGGUGCUGCGGAAGAAAUUAGCAUGUAAGGAUGAGGAAUAUGACUCUAUGUUGGGUGUUGGUGAAACACCUUCAGAGCUUGCCCUGGCAGACAAGGCACCAAAGGCAUCCUAAGUGUAGGUUCGGACUGGGGUGUCCCUGGGGUUUCGUGAUGUUAUUGGAUAACUCUUUUUGUUUUGGGCGGAUUAACGUGGAGAUGCAUGCGUUUAGUUUCCAAUAAUCAAGGUCAGGCUGAAAUAUCAAAGGUUAAUACUGGUAUGAAGCUCUAGCAUUUUUCUACUUAUUAUGUCUGGCUGAUCAGACCCUUUUGACUGUUUAUGAAAACCAAAGUUACAGUAGAGCUUAUAUAUUUGACUGUUUAUGCAAUUUGAGAAACUUCAAAGA